AUGACAAUGGAUUCAUGCAGUCUGGGUUAGUUUUUCUGUUAUGUUCAAGGAAUAUUUUGAGUAUCUGAUGUGGGCUGCGAAGAAUUAGUGUGAUUUCUUUAUUUGGAAAUUUCAACUGUAAAGAAUUAGGAAAAGGGGGAAAAGAAACCUCUGCAUUGUUAAUCCUAAAGCAUGAUGUUUGAAAAGGAGUAAAUUGUUUAUCUAUUAUUUUCAGAGUGAAAUGUGAUCUUUUGCUGCAGGAUUUGAUUCCCAAAGUAUGGCAUAUCUGAUUCUCUGGUGUUUAUAUGUAUAGCUGUGACUUCUACAUUUAUACACAAAAAACAAGGACGUGUAUAACGUGGCAUGUGUAUACGCACAUGUUGUUGCUUGCUUGAUUUGUGGAUAUAUACAGUAAUGGAUGUAGGUUUUUCUUGCUUUCGUAUUGAAUUAUUCAGAGGGUUUCUUUGUCUUGGGAGUCCUACCCUCAAAAAAGGUCUGAUAUGCCAAUUCAUUCGUAUGCGAGGUUGCAAUCUAACGCAUAAAGAGGUCUUGGUUCCAAGUGCUGUAUAAUAUUUUUCUUGAAAUUGGCAGAAAAUUAAGAUAAGGCAGGAUGGCCUUCUGGGACCUUUUAGUUGUGGCGAGUAUGCCAGUUGUGAAGGUUCUUUUGAUAGGUGGUUUGGGUGCUGUCCUGUCAACUCAGUAUGUGAAUGUGUUCACUGAAGAUGCUCGGAGACACCUAAAUAAGAUCGUCUUUAUCGUAUUCAUACCAGCUCUUAUGUUUGCAAGCCUGGCAAAGUCGGUAACAUUUGAGGAUCUCAUAUCCUGGUGGUACAUGCCAUUCAAUAUUUUUCUUACAUUUCUCUUUGGAGCUACGCUUGGAUGGAUUAUUGUGAAAAUAACCAAGCCUCCAGAGUAUUUGAAGGGCAUAAUUGUUGCGAACUGUUGUGCAGGAAACAUGGGUAAUUUGCUUGUCAUUAUUAUUCCAGCAAUGUGUCAAGAAAAAGGAAGCCCCUUUGGAGAACCCAGUGUUUGCAGAGUAUAUGGAAUAGCUUAUGCAUCAUUCUCUAUGGCGCUUGGCAGUAUCUUCAUAUGGACUUAUGCCUACAGUCUUAUCCGAUCAUCGAGUCACAUUCAUGAAGAACAGCAAAUAGAAUCUGGACGUCAGGAGAAAGUUCCAAAUAUUGAUUAUUUGAAUGCAGGGGAAAAAUCCGGUCUUCUGAAGACAGUCCAAGUAGCUCCAGAGGUGCAGAGUCCUGGUGGAAAUCCCCUUUCUCGCUCUCAGAGUGCAUGCAGUAUUAUAAGGGUUUCAUCAAUUCCCAAAGAUUUCAAUCAAGAGGUGGUAUUGCUUUCCUCUCCUGAAAAGCCAAGCUAUUUCCAUAACAUUCUUGGAAAAGUUCAAGAGUACACAAAGGACACUUGUCAGCUAAUUCUUGAAGAGUUGAAAGCGCCUCCUACCGUUGGUGUGAUAGCAGGAUUUAUUGUUGGAGCAAUCCCGCAAGUAAAGAAUUUAUUUAUUGGUGAAAACUCUCCUCUUCGAGUGAUUGAUGACUCCAUAUCUCUAUUGGGAGAGGCGGCCAUUCCAGCCAUUAUCCUUAUACUUGGAGGAAAUUUAGUCAAAGGUUUAAAGUCUUCGAGUCUAAAAACUAUUACUAUUGUAUUGAUUAUCUGCGUGAAAUAUGUAGUACUUCCGGUGAUUGGAAUAUUUGUAGUUAAAGGAGCAUCCUAUCUUGGGGCAUUGCCAGAUGACCCACUGUAUCACUUUGUAAUGAUGAUUCAGUUCACAGUUCCACCUGCUAUGAAUAUUGGAACAAUGACUCAAUUAUUCAAUGUGGGGGAAGAAGAGUGCUCGGUGAUCUUUUUAUGGACAUAUGUUGUAGCAGCCUUUGCCGUCACCUUUUGGUCGACAGUGUUCAUGUGGAUCUUGUUCCCUUGAGAAUAUUAUUACUCAACAAAAGUUGAGAGUAGGUUGUUCUUAAAUUUUUUUUCGAUUCAUUAUUUGUUUCUGUAGCAAUAUGUUAAGAAGAAUUGAUUUCUUUUCUUUAUCCAAUGUGAAGGCAUGAAACAAUAUUUUUAGUUCAACUAUGCUCUCUUAUGGGAGAGAGCCUGCAAGAAAGAUUAGCUUAUCUCUGUGUAUCAGGCAGGGAAGAAAGGUAAACUCAACUAAGUAAGCUCUGAAAGCAUAUUUUCAGAGAUUUCCAAAAGAUGUUAUCCACGUUGAUCAAAUUACCUUCUUUUUUUCACAAGAAGUUGUAUGGUAUUGGUAACCAUUGCAAAUUGAACUAUCAUUUUUUA